GAGGCCACAUAUUUCUCUGAAUACGCCAAUUUUUUCUACACCUUUUUGCACUACCGUGGAAUCCAUUACUCGUCCGUAACUAGAUACCUCAAAAUUACGUUAACCGUGCCUUCAAGGAAUGACUGCCAACUACUUGCUCAUUACGGUCUCAGGAAAUUAGUACGUCUGGACAAAUUGAGAACUAUUUACUUUCUGGCUUUUAUAAAGGAUUAUCGUAAGUUUAUUCUUACGCUAUUCACAAUGAACUGCAAACAAGUCGGAAUGUCAUCUUCAAGCCCAACGACGCGAACAAUUAGAGUGAAAUCCAUUCCUACGCAGAAAUAG